UNAAAAAAAAAAAAAAAAAAAAAACUCAGAUACAAAUCAAAAAGUCUCUUCCUUUAUUUUUUCAUGACUACAGCGAAUUCGAUGCAUCCAUCUCUGUUCCGUGUAAUCUGUAUACUCCAUUCUGUAAUUGCGCUUACUAGCGGAACCUUAAUGAUGUUCUACACAGAUAAAGCUUCAAUCUUUGGACCAGGUAGUGAGAUUGCUAGCAAACUCAAAGGAUCGACGCCACACGAUGAGCUGCUCAUACAGAUUUCUCAGUCUUUCUCUGGUUUGCUUCUCUUCGCAAUCGGUUUGGUUCUGUUUAUGGUUUCGUUUGUGAAAGACAGAGACUUUCAUAGCUUCUUUGCCGGUGGCUCUGUGGUUCUAUACGUGUUAAUGGCAAUGUGGAGGGUCUUGUUCGAGUGGAAAAUUGAAGAUCUUGCUUAUGAAUGGCCUAAACAAGCUCUUGGAGACAUUGCUUUGGCCGUUUCUUGGGUUUUUUUCCUUGUUUAUUCAUGGAGAGAGAAGUAUGAUUGAUGUUUUUGAUUUUUUUUUUUCUUUAAAAAAAAACUUGUGGGAUAAGCAUAAAAACAAUGUUAUAUUAUAAUAUAGUCUUGGAUC